AAUCUACUAACGUGUUUUGAAUGAGGGAAAUCAAAAUCUGGUUUUCCACAUUCCAGAGUUAUCAGUUAAGAAGCUGGCCUGGGGUAUAGAAGUUAUAAGCCGCCAGAGCCUAAUUCAGAUUCUCCUGUUAGGAGACAUCAAACAGCACCCUCUCACCUUUACAUUGCUUUGGGGUUUCACCAUCGAGCAGAACAAUGAGGCUAAAACCUGAGCCCGAGACAGACAACUGGGCUCUUCAGGAAUACAAUAGCCUGUGUGCAAAUGAUAACCUGGAGCAGAUGAUUUAUUAGACACAGCAACCUUUAGGAAUGUAAAAACAUGAAUAAAUACAAAAGCGUGUAUAGAUUACACACUCAGAAUUAAACGCACCAAACCCCAAAAAAACCGCAAUUUGCCCUGUUCAACGGUUCAACAUUAUUCAUCAUUAAAAAUAAUUUCAUCUACAUUAGUUAUGAAUGAGUACUCAUUUAAAGCUUUGCGCUCAAAUCCAAUUAAAGUUGCACCACAUGCACUUUCCAGGUAUAACGGCACAAACGUAAAAAUAAGUUCCAACUCCUGUUUACCUUUACCUGAAAAAAAUAAAUAUAGUAAUAUGAGACUCCUAAGGCUGUUUUUACCUGGAAGCAGUAUGGUAGUAUGGAACUUAUAUAAACUCUGUAGCACUGUAGUACUUCUUCAACCAACUUCUAUUUAGUAUUAGAUAUUGUGUGAAUGCUAAAAAUCACUGCUCAUUUCAUUCAUUGUUAUUUGCACCCUUUAUGCUUUUAUUUAAAAAGUCGAGUUAUUAUGAAUCGAUUAGGCUUACAAUGAUUUUAUGAAUUGGUCCACCUAGGCUGCAUUUGACUUUACUGUAACUUCGAAUUUUUCGCAUAUUGUAUAAAGUUUGCGAAGAAACAAGAUAAAGAAAAAAUCGUUAUACAUCAGUGUUCAUGACCAAAUCAGGCGAGAUUUCUGAACAACUGGCUUUUUUUCCGAUAUAAAUGAUUAUAUCAAUUUGCUCUCAACAUCACUGAUUAUUCACUCUUUUAAGUCUUUAGUUUUGUGGGAUAACAUGAGCCAAUUGUCGAUAAGCUCUUCAGUGCUCAGACACACUGGCGCCUGGAUAUAAGAAGUAUACCCGACGUGUGAAAACCAGCAAUUGCGACAUCUAUUAACUUCCAUUACAACGCCCAUCAAACACUUAUCGUUCCGUCGAGAUCCCUUUGCAUAUGCAAAUACAAUUGAGUGCCUCCUACAUAUAGUCAUAGUCCUAUCACCAUAGACCACUGCUGCGGAUCGUCAUACAACCGUUUGUUUUAGCACUACUUUAUGUCAAGAGGAACCACAAUAUGGCCAAGAACUUUUCUGUGGCAUGGCUGUCGCAGAGCUCUAAGCCCGACUGCAGCUCCUUGUUAGAGGUGGCUCAGGUUCACAGCCCGGCGGCGCUCGCACUCCAAACCACACACGCUUCUCACACAGGGACCCUACGUUCUGAUGACACUGUCAAGGACGUCACCAAGAUCCCAUCCUCGCCAGCCAAUAGCUGUGGUUACACUUCCGGUUCGGAGAGUGAGGUGGGUGAUGACAGUGAGGCAGAACUGGUAGCAAGCCGUCGGAUCAGAACAAAAUUUACGUCCUAUCAAAUCACACGGCUUGAGAAAACCUUUCACAAGCACAAAUACCUCGGUGCAAAUCAAAGGAGGAAAAUAGCAAAAAAGCUGCAUCUUUCAGAAACCCAGGUGAAAACCUGGUUUCAGAACAGAAGGAUGAAGCUGAAACGUGAUGUACAGGAUACCCGGGUAGAAUAUUACACUCCAGCAUUGCUCGCUCCUCUGGUGUUGCCACCACCUCUGUCGCCAUUUCAGCACCACGCUCUCCCUGGACAGCGAAUCGCCCUCGCGCAUGCUGUAACGUUUCCGCACUACAGCCCGCAAAUCAACCGUACAGUGUCUGUGCAUCAGCACACGUCACAACCUGACAUCAUUCACCCCACACUUCUCUCCUCCUGUUAUUACUGAUCAGAACUCACUUACAGAACUUCAGCGCAAUAUGUAUAACACAAACUUGCCAUUUGAUUUUCUAUUACUCUUUUGUGUGAAAAAAUAAGCUACCGUGUAGAAUAUUUUGAAUUGUCCCAAUGUUUGGGUAAUUACAGAUCAUUAGUUAUAUCAAACUAAAUGUAUGUAAAUAUAUAAAAUGCUUCUUUAUUUGAAAAUAAAAAAGUUUUACUUUUAAUUGAAGCUUUUGUUUGUUGGUUGGUAGAUUAUGCAAUGGUAUUUAAGGAAAGCCAGUACAUGGUAGUUCAACUAUCAAGGACUGAAAUGGAAGAUCUAGUGAAAAUUCGCCAGAAAGGUUUUACAUAUCUUUGACUUAGAACAUUAUACUUGCAUUACAGUAUACUGCACAUUAUAUACCAUAUGGUACAUAUCCACACAUAUGGUAUUUAUCCUAUUUGAGGCGCCAGCAGAAAUAGAGAAAACAGUAGUUUACUGUCUUUCUUCUGUAUUCAACACCAAAACACUUGUUCAGUUAUAUGAUCUUUGGGCAUGUAUAAUUACAUUUCGGUCCUAAACGAGCAUGUAGUAUGUACUCUGGGGCCGAUGCAGUUUAUC